AUGGCUGCCCGUCUCGCUAAGAGCGCCAUUGGCGCCGCCCGGCUGCGGCCGACCGUUUCCAUCCGCGCUCCUGUCGUCCCUGUCAUCACUGCGAUCCGCGCGGCCUCCAACGUCCCCGUUGAGGACCCCUCCAAGAAGGCUCAGUCGAUCCUGAACGCUGUUCCCGGAAACUCUCUCGUCUCCAAGACUGCCGUUCUGUCCGCCGCCGCCGGUCUGUCCAUUGCCGCCAUUAGCAACGAGCUUUACGUGAUGAACGAGGAGACCGUUGCCGCCUUCUGUCUGCUUUCCGUCUUCACUGCCGUUGCCAAGUACGGUGGUCCCGCUUACCGCGAGUGGGCUGAGGGUCAGGUCCAGAAGCACAAGGACAUCCUCAACGCUGCCCGUGCCGACCACACCAGCGCUGUCCAGACCCGCAUUGACAACGUCCAGGAGAUGUCCGGUGUUGUUGAUGUCACCAAGGCUCUGUUCGCUGUUUCCAAGGAGACCGCUCAGCUUGAGGCCCAGGCUUACGAGCUCGAGCAGCGCACUGCUCUGGCCGCUGAGGCCAAGCAGGUCUUGGACUCUUGGGUUCGCUACGAGAACCAGGUUAAGCAGCGCCAGCAGCGUGAGCUUGCCGACUCUAUCAUCGGCAAGAUCCAGAAGGAGCUUGAGAACCCCAAGGUUCUGCAGCAGAUCCUUCAGCAGAGCGUUGCUGAUGUUGAGCGCAUCAUGACUACCAAGGCUUAA